CAGUCUUGUGAUUGUAUGUGGCCAUCUUGCGUUCUCCCUGUUCGGCCUUGCUAAGCUUUUUCUCUCUUCAUAUCUCGCUUAGAUAAAGUUCAUCGUGGUGGAUUAAACAUCUUGUCAUCUCCAACCAAGCGAGAAAAGGCGUUCUUUAAGAAGUGACGGCUCCUUUGAUGGCAAACCGGCCUGAUGUAGAGAAUACACAUAAUGUGCAGCUAGCAACACAUUAAACAAGAUGGACAGACAAUAACAAAACUGUUAAACCAGGGGCACAGUGUUGAUUAGUUAUGACAAGUAGCUGUGUGAAAGAUGUCCACCCUUUCUACGACUGAUAUCACUGAUGUUGGUCAUGGGGACUCUCUGUGCUGUGUCAGUGAAGAGGGACCUUCAUCAGGGAUGGCAGAAGUGAAACAGGAGAGCCAGUCUUCUCUAAGUCAAACAGCAUCAUACAACACUUCACACAAUGAGCUGAAUGACACGAUGCUCAUGGAGCCCAAAGAGGGUCAGCCAAUGAAGAGGAAGAAGGGCCCUGCCCCUAAGAUGCUGGGGAACGAGGUGUGUAGUGUGUGUGGAGACAAAGCAUCUGGCUUUCAUUACAAUGUUCUGAGCUGUGAGGGCUGUAAAGGUUUCUUCAGACGCAGUGUGAUCAAAGGAGCGCAGUACAACUGCAAGAACUCGGGCCGCUGCGAAAUGGACAUGUACAUGCGCCGCAAGUGUCAGCAGUGCCGUCUGCGGAAGUGCAGGGAGGCAGGAAUGCUGGAGCAAUGUGUACUGUCAGAGGAGCAGAUCCGACUAAAGAAGAUGAAAAAACAGGAAGAAGAGACUGCACGUACGUCUUCGGUGGCCACGCCCAGCCCUGCUCCUGAGAUGCUCCCACUGGCUCCUGAACAGCAGGAGAUGAUAGAAAAGCUGGUUGCAAUGCAGAAACAGUGCAAUAAACGCUCAUUUCUGGACCGGCCCAAAGUCACACCAUGGCCACAGAAUCAGGACCCACUUAACCGAGAGAUUCGACAACAGCGGUUUGCUCACUUCACUGAGCUGGCCAUCAUGUCUGUUCAGGAGAUUGUAGACUUUGCUAAACAGCUGCCCGGCUUCCUGGAGCUCACCAGAGAGGACCAGAUCGCCCUGCUGAAGACCUCAACUAUAGAGAUCAUGCUGCUAGAGACAUCCAGACGUUACAACCCAGCGAUUGAGAGCAUCACCUUCCUCAAAGACUUCAGUUAUAAUAAGGAAGAUUUUGCUAAAGCAGGGCUGCAAUUGGAGUUCAUCAACCCAAUUUUUGAAUUUUCUAAGGGCAUGAAUGAUCUACACCUGGAUGAGGCGGAGUACGCUUUACUUAUCGCAAUCAAUAUUUUCUCAGCAGACCGCCCCAAUGUGCACGAUCACGAUUUAGUGGAAAGACUGCAGCAGCCUUAUGUGGAUGCCCUCAACUCUUACAUCAGAAUAAAACGACCCAAUGAUCAUCUGAUGUUUCCCCGCAUGCUGAUGAAGCUGGUCAGCCUUCGCACGCUGAGCAGCGUCCACUCGGAGCAAGUCUUCGCUCUGCGCCUCCAGGACAAGAAACUCCCACCUCUGCUCUCUGAAAUUUGGGAUGUACAUGAGUGAGCUGGUGCUCCACCCCCAGGACAGAAUGAGCCAAUGAAACAUAGCCGUAGUGGGGGGCCUCUAUAGACCAAGCACAAGUGUGGUGACUAACCUCAUAUCAUCCCCAAGGGCCUGAAAUGUCUCCCACUAUGGCAUGGAGCCAGUCGUAAUGACUCUGGUUUCAUCAUUCUCUUCCGUGUAUGUUUUGGACUCGGUGGGCGAUGGGCUGCUUCCGUUGAAUGUGCUAUUGAUAGACUGUAUGGCCAGAAGUGGCUCAGGGACCGUUCAGAACUAAUAAUGGUUAUUUGACCAUUUGAGACUGAGGAUCUGGAUCCACGUAGACACGCUUGCUAGUGUGAGAGGCUGUGAACAAUGUGGACAUGAUUUUUUUGUGUGCGUGUCAUUUAUACUUAAUGUUUCCAGUACUGAGAGCUUUGUGCAGGUUUUGGCACUAUGUCUACUUUCAAACAGUUAAGGCAUCCCUCAUUAUUUACAGUGUUUUGCGAUUCUACACGUGCUGAUUGGUGGGAUAUGGCUGUCAGCCUUUUGAUUGUUAUAUGAUGAGUAUACAUAGAUCAUGCACAGACGCACAUCGUCUGUUCAUUACUAUUUUUUUACAUUUACGUAGUGUUCGGCACGUAUUUAGUCUUGUAAUUAACAUUAAAAAGCAGUCGCUUGCUAACACCCCAAAAUUGAAGGUUUGUGUGAAUGAAAUCAGUAAAAUGCAAGACAUUUUAUAACAUUUUACACUGACCUAGCAGAUCCUAACAAGCACAAGAAAUUUUGUUGGCUGCUGUUUGAUGGAUUACGUAGAAAAUAGCUGAUGCUGUUGUAUGAAUCAGUCCACACUUACAGGAUCAGCAAUUUUUUUAAGGUGGCCUAUGUUUUGCAUUAGGGUAUUCUUGGAGUGCUGGGUCACUGUAGCAUGUAGGCAGGGAUCAGUUAGAGUCACUGGAGCUGUUAACCCAAAUCAGUGUGCUGCUCAACUGCUACUACUGAGAGGCUGAUAGAUAAGUGCGAGAAAUGAUGAAAACAUUGCUGAAUAUAAUUUUAUAUUUAUCAUUGGGUAAUAAAUAGUCAUUGCAUUCUUCAACCCGACAUACUGCUUUAUUGCUAUUUCAUCAUCUCAUUUUCUUUCACUUACAUUUUUGAUAACCCUUGAUGCUAUUUUUGCUAAUAUGUAGACCCACUUCAAAAUCAAGAUGAGAAUGCUCUUUAAAUCUUCAAUUUACACACACAGCUUUUAGCAUUUUAUUUUUGGCACGUCUCUUAACCAAAUCUUGUUGUACCUCACUAUGAGAAUAUUGUCCUUUUCUCAAGAGAUAUUGACAAUGUAUGUAAAUCAAUACCUUCUAAUCAUUUUGGUUUUAUACUGAGCUCUGAAAUAAGGGACUGGGCAAGUAAGAGAACUUUUUAAUGUUUAGGUCCAGAGUCUUACAGUACCUCACAAUGUAACAAUUCACAACUGACAAGUGUGAUGACAGGCAAUUCAGUUUUACUGGUCUUAAGAAAUUUUAGGUUUUAUAAACUAACAUUGUAAAAAAAGUAAAAUUAACUUACACAGUUGGUUUGCUGUGGCAUUAUCUGCUCUGACUGUGCAUAUUAUUUAGACUUGGUUUGAAGCAGUCAUACAUGCCCAUGUGACAGUUCAUUGUUCACCUAAAUCAUAUCCUUACUGUAUCUGCAUUGUCUUAUGAAACCACCCCCCUUCUUUUAAGUAGCGAUAUUGUUCAUCCCUGCCAUGUUCUGCAUGCUUUAGGUUGGUCUCCGUCAAGGCUAAAUUUUAAGCCCGUUUUACCAUAACAGUAAUUUAAAAUCUUCUGCAAGGGCUUCAAUAUGCAAGGGUAUUAAUUGAGGCAACAACCCAACAGCAGACUCUAUGUAAUCUGUUAGACAUGCAUUGUGAAGAUUGAACCACUGGGAUCUUGUGAAACUUAUCUGUAACAGGAUGUAAUGAGGGCCAAGCAGAAUUCUGGUUAAAGGAAUAUGGUCUCUGCUCUAAACUUUUUCCCCAGAACUGAAAUUAUGAAAUUGUUGUCCUCUGACAGAAUGUUACCACAUCAUGCAAGUGUUUAAUGGGAAGUUGAUUGUAGUUAUAAUUUAUUUGUACCCUCAUCUCAUUGGACUUCUUUACACUGAUUAACAUUGUCUUCAAUAGAGUCCUUGAAUGAGGUCAUCAUAGAAAUGCAACCUUAUGUAUGCCUUAAGUCCUUAUAUAUAUACUGCUUUAUAUGUUUAAAUUAUGAGUAGACUAAAUUUAUUGUUCUGUGAGAGUAUAUAUUUAUCUGAGAAAAAUUCUGAGAAACUUAGAUGACUAAAAGCCUCAACUAUUCUUUAUACAGAAAUACAUUUACCUAAAACAGAGGGAACCUCUGUUGUUUCUGUCUUUUUAUUCUUCUUUUUUUUCUUUUUUAAAAAAUAGAUCAGGGUUGACCCUGUAAAUAAAUAAUGAAUUUGAGCUUACAA